UGUCCUCAAAAUAAGGUGUGUACUUGAACAAUGCCUCCUCUUUCAGAAUGAGGACGGUCAUCUGAUUUGGAAUGCUGAUAUAGCCGAUAAGCGCACAUAUCUGAGCUGGAGGGUCAGUGUUGCACAUCAGCAGGAGAGAGAGAGCUUCUCUUCGGUGCACUAAGCCUCAUCACCUUACCUGCAUACCGGAGAGCGAGAGAGAGGGAGGAGGAAAAUCAAAGGGAAAGGAACAUCCAGUUCUAGACCAAACAAGUUUGCAAAACAUGAGCAAAAGGGAUUUAGGUUCAAUGAGGACAUUGGUUCGGUGCCAGGUUCAAGAUCGCUACGAAGACUGAAAACAUCCCAGGGUGAGGUCAGGAUAGUGGAUGUGUCCCAAAAAAAGAAGACAGAGCCACACAGACAUAAUUGAAGAGACAGACAAGAAAAGAUGCCUGAAAACAAGCAGACAAUCCAGCGGACUGGAAGCUAUCUGUCUCACUCUGCUUACAGGAAGAUAAAAAGGGUGCUGAGCUUCAGAAGACGUGUAUUUGGUCAAAGGUUGGAGGAGACAGUCCUGUAUGAGAGGAGGUAUGGGGAUCACAUGGCUCCUUUGGUGGUGGAGCAGUGUGUUGAUUUCAUCCGAGAGCAGGGGCUCACCGAGGUGGGACUCUUCAGGCAGCCCGGCCAGGCCACCCUGGUUAAAGAGCUACAGGAAGCUUUUGAUGCUGGGGAGAAACCAUCUUUUGACAGCAGCACAGAUGUCCACACAGUAGCAUCUUUGCUAAAGCUAUACCUCAGGGAGCUGCCUGAACCUUUGGUGCCAUUUUCCCGCUAUGAAGAGUUUCUUGUAUGUGGCAAAAGAAUCUCCUCAGACAGAGAAAAGGGUUUGCAAGACUUGAGGAGUCUCCUUUAUGAGCUACCUGUAGCAAACUUCAACCUCCUGAAAUACAUCUGCCAAUUCUUAAAUGAUGUGCAGUCAUACUCCAAUGUCAACAAGAUGAGUAUCCAGAACUUGGCAACUGUUUUUGGGCCAAAUAUCCUAAGGCCUAAAGCUGAGGACCCAGAAAGUAUCAUUGGAGGGGCAGCAGAUGUGCAACAUCUAAUGUCUGAACUGAUCCGUGAGCACAGCUUGCUCUUCUCCCGAGAGAACUGCAACCCUCCUGAAACAUCUUUACAAGCUGCCCUCCCCAUACAAAGACACAGUCACCUUGUGGAAUGGGUGCACGAACCACCUGCCCACCUGAGGGAACCUCUGUUGAGCAAAGAUCACAUGGUCCUUCCGGAUCAGACUGUAGCCUGUCCACAUAAACACUCUCUACCGUUAAACACAAAGAGGAGAGAGUCUUUUCAAAGCCCUUGUGACAAAAACAUUACCCAUUCAUCAGAGACAGAGCAACAAUUUCAAGAGAACUCUUCACCAACCAGCUCUGCUCUGAUUUAUGACAACUACAGUCAGAACAGCCCAGCACAAGAAUCUCUCCAUACAAGACAUGUACCUACACCCUCCACCCCACUACCUGCCUGCACUUCUUUGAGCAAAGAACUGGAAGCUGGAGUUCAAAUAUGUAUGCAGUCAAGGAGCUGGCCUGACAUGGAAGAACCCAGCUGGGGACCAGAAAAAGCACUAGGGGAAAGUGGAGGCAGCAGUGAAGCCCAGGAUAGUACCUUAUCUGUCUAUGACAACAUAGUUACUAAGGAGCAAGGGGAGCAAUAUAUAGAAGACAGGGAGGCCAAAGGUACUGCCAGUGUGGCUGAGAGCAGCAGCUCUUGGUCCUCCUGUGAGAUCGUGCCUUUGGAUGGGGGCAGUGGGAGCGGUGGAGCUGCAAGCCCUUGCAAUGUCUCCUCAGAACAAUUCUCCUCAUUCAGAAUGGACUCUAGAGAGGAAGAGCUUCGUCCUAACUCCCCUGCCUCAUCCUCUGCUCCUACAGAUGCGCCUUUAAGCACCGGCAGCAGCGAAGUCUUUUUACCAAAUGCUCCCCAAGAGCCCCUGGUCUUUCCAGCUUCCCAUGCAAUGCAGUGCCUUGUUGCAGGGCUUCGUCAACAGAUGACCAGGCAAAAGGCAGAAUACGAUGCAAAAAUCAACAGGCUGGAGCAGAGGAACAAGGUACUUCAGGGGGAAGUUGCAGGGCUGUGCUCAACUCUGGAGCAGCAGCGGCGCUGGGUCAGUGUGGCUGAGAUCAAGAUGAGAAAUGUAGAGCGAGCCCGUGCAGACGCCGAUAGACGGAACACCACUCUGCAACAGGAAAUGGAGCAGUUCUUCGAAACAUUUGGCGAGCUUAACACAGAGGCCCGGAAAACCAGUCGCAUUGUUCAGAGUUUUUGAAACAUUCAUGUGCUGUGCUACAAGACCAACCUUAGUAGCAUAUUAAGGUUUCAUUGUUUUAAAGCAGUGAUUUUCAACUCUGGUCAUGGAGUUACCCCCAGUAGCAUACAUUUUUGAUGUCUUUCUUAUAUGAUACCUCCAUUCCAAGUCUGGGUGUUUCUACCAACAAACGGAGUUGAAUUCGGAAGACAUAAAACAUGUUCAGUGUUACAAGUACUCCAAGUCCAGGGUUGGGAAACAGCUAUAUUAAAGUAAUAACUGCUAAAAAAAAACAGGAGUCUUUUUCAGGGCUGUAGAAAUGAGGAUGCAUUCCUGAGGGAAACCAUUUCCCCACUUUCAAGUACAGUUCUGUUGCCUGAACGACUGUGCAGACCAGCAUGUUUAAAAUAAUACUAAAGGCAAUUUUUUGCCAUUUAAGUGAUCAAAAACAAUGGAAUGACCCAAAGUAGGAUAAAAUUUCAUGUCUAGUAAGCAUGGAUGCCAUAUUUGAGAAAAGAGAUUCUAAUGAAAACUAGACCCUAGGGAUGCUCUUAAUAUAAAUGAGCUCGGACUUAAAAAGUUUCUACCCUGACUGAGGGUCACUGUACAUUUUAUUUAAUUGGGACCCGUGUAGAUAACACAAGACAGUCAUACCUUGAACACAAACUGUUCAUACACUGAAUG